AUGGGGUUUCUAAUCGUAGGUUCCGUAUAUGCAGCUGUGAUUCUGAUAGCAACAACUUAUGACGUCAUAAUUCAACAUUUUCCCCAGAAGGGAACCAAAAAGAAUAAAACGCAGAAAAUUGAGCUUAAAGCUGCGAAUGGGGUCGAAAACGGUGCAUAUAAGCACUCAAAAGAAGAUUUAUCAAACGGUGACAUGAAAAUGCAUAAGAAUGGCGAACUGUCAAAUGGAUUCACUGACUUGGAAAAGGCAAAAGGUGGCGAAAUAGUUUCAGAUAAAACAGCUUAUAAACCAGGUAUACUUGGGAAACUCCUACUCUCCUUCUCGGUUUAGUCAAAUGCCCCGAAAAUCUUGAACACUAAUCAACCGAAGGGAACGCUGACCAGUGUGAACGGCAUUCGUUUUCUCAGUAUGACCUGGGUUAUUCUAGGACAUGCAUAUAGUUUUGGA